CAACGCUGCGGCCACACUGUUUAUUGUAAUUCUUGUUUUUGUGUGGACAACGCAACGACGCAGUUGAGCAUGAACGACAAUUUAACUGCAAAGGAGGAAGCCUACAACAUGGAGCAAGAUCAGGAACUUGGUGGUGGCAAACACUACUCACGCUGCAGCAGUGCUGGCAGCACACACACGCCUAACUCCUCGGCCCACAACUCUGAUGACGACGAUGAUAGCGGUGAUGCCCGACACUCGUCGGCAGCGAACUCGAACUCAACGCUUAGCUAUAAGGAACGACGACGCUCGGCGCACACGCAGGCGGAGCAGAAGCGACGUGAUGCCAUCAAGAAGGGCUAUGACAGCUUGCAAGAGCUGGUGCCACGUUGCCAGCCCAGCGAUUCGUCGGGUUACAAGCUAAGCAAAGCGCUGAUCUUGCAGAAAUCCAUUGAAUACAUUGGCUAUCUGAAUCAGCAGAAAUUGAAGCAAGAAGAUGAGAGUGCUGCACUGCAAAAAGAGGUGACAGCGUUGCGUAUCAUACAGAAUGGCUACGAAACGAUGCUGCAACAUCAGCAGGCAAAUCCGGGACCUGAGGAAGCGCGUCUCACAGACGAGGCUAAGUUUCAAGUGUUCCAGGCCAUACUCGAUGAAAUGUUUGACACAUUCCAGCACAUACCCAUGGAUAGCUUCAAGCAGUUAACCAGCGGCGUCAUUCCCUGGCUGGAGGAGCAUUGCAAGCCGCACAUUCUGCGCAACAUUCUCGGUCGCACGUUGCAGCAAAUGGCGCAGGAGACGCAAGAGAAGCAACAGCAGCAGCAGCAACAGGCAAUGGAUCAGGAAACUGCUGAAGGCGGCUUUAGUUGAAGAUAGAAGUAAAAUACGUUUGUUAGUUGUCA